AUGAAUGAGUACUGCUACAAUAAUUCAUCCCUUCCUCGGCCGAGUCUCGCUGAUACAGCUUUAUCUCCGCAUCUCAAUAUCCCAAUAGACACUUACAGUGCUGUUACUUUUCACACAAAGUCCACCUUCAAACAAAAGUCCACCUCCAAGCAACUUACACCUCGGAUCUCAUCCUCCGAGUUCCCGCUGAUCCAGCCAAGCAAGGAAGGCGCCAAUAGAAGGAGAAGCUUGCCGAAUGAACCGCUCAAGCGCCGAAACGCCCGACUCCCCGGCCCUCCUCCGGCUCUGUUACAAGCUCACUCUUCCUCGGUAUCGAAACAAACGAGGCACGUCUACGGCCGGAACAUCCACCUCUUCCAAGCUUCGGCGUUUGAUUCACAGGAAACGGGGCGGCUUCUUGGACCAUCCCUAUGUUCAAGUACUGAAACGAAGGCAGAAAGAGGUGGAUAA